CUUUUGUACUUAUUGUUAUAUAUAUAUCUUCUUUGGUGUUUUUUAUAGCCAAAAAAAAUAUGGAUAAAAUAAAGAGAAGAGAAGAAUUAGUAGAAAUUGAUGAGCAAAAAUGGGUUAAUGAUUCUUCUUUGGAUCAUAAAGGAAGAGUUCCUCUCAGGGGUUCAACUGGUGUAUGGAAAGCCUCUCUCUUCAUUAUUGUAAUUGAAUUCAGUGAGAGGCUUAGUUACUUUGGAUUAGCCACAAGUUUGAUUAUUUACUUAACAAAAGUCAUCCAUCAAGACCUCAAAACAGCUGCAAAAAGUGUCAAUUACUGGUCUGGUGUCACCACUUUGAUGCCAUUGCUUGGAGGAUUUCUUGCUGAUGCAUUCUUGGGAAGAUUCUCCACAGUUCUUGCCUCUUCCAUUGUCUAUUUGCUGGGCUUGAUUCUCUUGACAAUGUCUAGAGUGAUCCCGAGUUUGAAACCUUGCGACACUGACCUAUGUCACAAACAUGUCCACAAGAUGAUUUUCUUCCUCGCGAUCUACUUAAUCUCAAUUGGUACCGGAGGUCACAAGCCUUCUCUUGAGAGCUUCGGAGCUGACCAAUUUGAUGAUGACUAUCCUGAAGAAAGAAAGAAGAAAAUGUCCUUUUUCAACUGGUGGAAUUUUGGACUCUGUUGUGGACUACUACUUGGUGCUACUCUGAUUGUUUAUGUACAAGACCGAGUUAGCUGGGCUAUGGCGGAUUUGAUCCUUACACUAGUAAUGGCUUCUAGUAUAAUCAUUUUCGUUGCAGGUAGACCGUUCUAUCGUUAUAGAAAGGCAACUGGAAGUCCCUUAACACCAAUGUUACAAGUGUUUGUAGCUGCAAUAAGAAAAAAAAAUCUUCUUUUUCCUGCCAAUCCUUCUCAUUUAUAUGAAAUUCCCAAAUCCGACACUAGCCAAAGGAGGCUUUUAUGUCACACCGAAAAGCUCAAGUUCCUUGAUAAAGCUGCAAUUGUUGAUGGCACACAAGAUUCAGUAGUACAGCAACAGAAUCCAUGGAGACUUGCAACUGUAACCAAAGUGGAAGAAUUGAAAUUAGUUAUCAACAUGAUUCCUAUUUGGCUAACAACUAUACCAUUUGGUAUUUGUGUGGCACAAACCACGACAUUUUUCAUCAAACAAGGCGUGACUCUAGACAGGAAGAUAGUUCACAAUUUUGAAAUUCCCCCUGCAUCAAUAUUCGCGUUAGCUGCUAUUGGCAUGAUAAUAUCCAUCACUAUCUAUGACAAAAUCCUCGUGCCUGUCUUAAGACGGGCAACAGGAAACGAGAGAGGGAUUAGUAUCCUCCAAAGGAUUGGUUUUGGAAUGAUCUUCUCUGUUUCUACUAUGAUCGUUGCAGCUUUAGUCGAAAGGAAAAGACUGAAUCUUGUUCACAAGAAUCCACUCAAAGGCUCGAGUACAAUGAGUGUGUUUUGGUUAGCACCACAAUUCCUUAUAAUUGGAAUAGGAGAUGGAUUUACCUUAGUUGGAUUACAAGAAUACUUCUAUGAUCAAGUGCCUGAUUCAAUGAGAAGUUUAGGCAUUGCAUUUUACCUUAGUGUAAUUGGUGCUGCAAAUUUUGUUAGCAGCCUAUUGAUAACAAUUGUGGAUCAUAUAACAGAAAAAAAUGGCAAGAGUUGGUUUGGGAAGGAUCUGAAUAAUAGUCGUCUCGACUAUUUCUACUGGUUGUUAGCUAUCAUGACAGCAGUAAAUUUGUGUGUCUAUGUCAUUGUUGCGAGGAAUUAUUCGUACAAGAAUGUUCACUGUAAGGCAACUAUAUCUGUGGCUGAUUGCAACGAUACAGAUGAUCGCGAAGCAAUGGCUUAGUACAUGUAUAUUUGUUGAUCUAUAAGUUGUAAUUUUUAGUAUGCUACUGAAAUAGUGGUAAUAUCAGUGUAUUCUGACGAGUUGAAAGGAAAUAAGAAAAUUCCUCUGCAU